AUGGAGCUACCAUUCGAGAUACCAUUCGCGCUGCCGCCGGUGCCGGCGAACAGUGUGUUGGUGGCGUGGGGCGCUGAGCACAAGUACAUCGUGGGCGACAGAUCCGGCGGGGGCGUUGGCGAGAAGGGGCGGGACAUGAUGGCGGGGUUCUAUUACGGCAAGUUCCCAGGCCAUGUUCACUACACAAUCGAUGUGAGGAACAUGAUGAGGAGUCCGCAGGCGGAGGGGCAGGCGGAGGGGCAGGCGGAGGGGCAGCGGCGCGAAUGGCACCCGGCGAACAACCAAGAUUUUUUGCUGGCGAUGAUGGGCGAACUCGGCUUUGCGAAGGCAUUGGCGUCGGUGGUGGGGGCUGUGUACACAUAUUUGCAGGCGCAGGCGAGUGACACGAUGGAGUCACGGCCAUUGUGCGUGCAGCUGGUCUGUUCCCAAGGCCUGCACAGAUCUGCGGCGGUGGCGGUGCUGACGGCGCUGGUGUUCAACUUCGAAUUCGAGCUGCCAAGUCAUGACGGCUUGUUUCAGGCGCAGGCGUAUCCGAAGGGGUCGAGCGUCACUGGCGACGUUUGCAUCGACGACAAUGCGGCGAAGCGUAUCGAGGAGCUCGUGGCCCGCGUGGGUCGGAUGCUGAAGUACAGCGAGGCGCCGGCGACGUCGACGCCACCGUCGGCGCACACCAGCGCUGCAGCUGGGUCGGCGCAGGCGCCACCAGGUUUGCAGGACCAGGUGCGAGCACAGGUGCUGAAGCACGCGCCGGCGCUUUGUGACCAGUUUGUUGGAACCGGCAUGAGCAGAGUUGGAGUGGCAACCAUGAUGACGAUGGUUGGCGUUGGCGUGAUGAUUAUUACCGCCGGUGCUGUGGCGCUGGCGAAGCAAGUGAGUCGUCCACAAAUGUGGUUACAUGUUGCGGAGAUGUGGAAAGCAGCUCUAAUGGAUAUUCGGAACUAUUUCGCAGCCGGAAGCAAACGUGUGUUUGUUGGUAGCCGGGAUGAGCGGGUCAAGUUUCAGGGCCUGGACAAAGGCCUUCAGCGUGAAGAGUCAGGCAGACCGACACAAGUGUCUUACGGUGCCAUGGUUGCCAGGAUCGUCUACGCAAUCGUCCUCGUGACAGCCGUGAUCGCAAUGCAGGUGUUCCUUCUGCAGUCCGUGUCAACCAAGCUCUGCAAUCCGGCCGUGCGGGAGGUGCGCGAGAUCUACGACAAGUUUCAAACCGCAAUUUACGGUGAGAACACUUACAUCACCGUCAACGGCUUCCACCGCGGCAAAGACGGCGCAGAGGUGAACAUGGAAGGCUUCCGCGCACUGUCGCAAGACACGAAGGUCUCCAUCUGCAGCGUGCCGCUGUCUCAGCCGUACUUCACCUACACCAUCCUGCUGAUUUGGACCAUGACGUGUCUUGCCGAGAUUCGCCGAGCCGUGAAGCUGCUUUAUGCUACACUGAUCUCGAUUGCGACGGUCGGGUCCGUCGAAGAAGUCUUGGAAGAGACGACCAUCAAAGGGAUGACCAGAGGCAUGAAGGCCUUCAUCGGCAUCUUCUGCUUCCUACCCCGCAUCGCCUCGACGAUGUUACUGAACUUUCUCGGCUGCCGCUGGCUCCUCUCUACAGUGAGCCUACAGGACCUCUUCCUCAACUCCUUGGCUCUGGAAUUCAUGGUUGUUCUGCCCGAGCUGCUUUACAACACCUUCGCGACAGAUCGAGGGCAGAAGUUGACGCAGGCAACCAUGCUCGCUGGUGAUAAUGCACGGGCGCCCAAAGGAACCAGCUUGCUGGUUGCGACGAUGUGGGUUUCAACAGCGCUCAUCUGGGUCUACGUCUACAUGGUGUAUGUCCAGGCCGUCCUACCAGGCUACAACUGGGACGUGCGACCGGUUUGUCGCGCUAAUCCCGAAGUGUUCGAACAAGAGGGCUUCUAG